CAAUGGCACCUCUAGUGUUUGCAUCAUUUCUUUCAUGUCUAAUUUUGGGGACAAUGGCUGAUCCGAUGUUGUCCUCAUCUGUUCACCAAGAGAUGCGUUUGGUGGCAGCUCACGUUGGCGACAGAGUGACAUUAAAAUGUUUCUUUAAGAGUAAUGUUGUCCCAUAUCUUUACUGGUUUAAGCAAACUGUGGGACAGAAGCCAAGACUCAUCUCGGCUUUCUACAAAUACAAAAACACCACCUUCUAUGAUGAGUUCAAGGACAAUACACGGUUCAGUCUAGAAACGGGAAAUGGCAAAAACCACUUGACGAUCACAGAUUUGCGUAUUUCAGAUUCAGCUAUUUACUAUUGUGUUUAUAAUUUACACAUAUUAGAAUUUCUAGACGGCUGUAUUGUCAUUGUAGAGGGCUCAGGUUCGAACAUCCAAGCAUCGGUCCAACAAUCAACCUCCGUCACCGUCCAGCCAGGAGACUCUGUGACUCUGAACUGUACAGUACACACUGGGACCUGUGAUGAAGAACACAGUGUUUACUGGUUCAAAAACAAAGAGGAAUCUCAUCCAGGGGUCAUUUACGCCCACGGAGUCAGGAAUGAUCAGUGUGAGAAGAAAAACAACACACGAACAAACAACUGUGUCUACAACCUGCCGAUGAAGAGCCUGAAUGAAUCUCAUGCUGGGACCUACUACUGUGCUGUUGCCUCAUGUGGACAGAUACUGUUUGGAAAUGGGACCACGCUGGACUUUGAAGAUCCAUCAGGAUUUGCAAGUGAGGCGAACAGGCUGGUGUUGGUGUAUGUCUUGAGUGGAGCUUUGACAUUUGCCACCAUGCUGAGUGUUUCUCUGGCUUUCAUACUGUACCAGAGGAACAAAUCCACAGUUUCACAAACAGACUCUCAGACGAGGUUCUCCCCUCCUCCCACAACACAUGCAGAGAGUAACCAAGAUGCCGAAAGUCUCCACUACGCUGCUUUAAAUGUUAACCUGCACCUCACAUCGAGAAGACAGAGAAACAACACCAACAGUGAAUGUGUUUACUCUAGUAUUAGAGCGUAAAGAGGGACACUGAGGGCCAGAUCUACUCAAGGUUUGUGUGUAUAAAAACGCGUGCAAACUCACUGCACGCGCAUAAAAACGUACAAACUGAUUUACUAACUAGAGUUGCAUCUUUCAAAAAUAGUGCAAAAUAGCAUCCAGUUAGCACGUUUACCUCAAUGGAUAUGCAAUAUGGGGCGUUUACAUGCAAUGCCGGGAGGAAAAAAUGCAAAUAUAGUAAUUUAGCACACGCAAAGCGAUUUAUCAAACCUGAAAGUAAUUUUCCUAAUAGAAAUUGCGUCUAUACCGUAACCAUCUGCGCUGUCUACACCGUACAGCAGACAACUUUGGUGUUAACAGCACAUGUCAUUUUGAGCUUGCGGUCUCAACGGUAAACACCAAUAGCAGACGCAAAACCGUCAUUUACAUACGGCCGUUUGCACCCGUUGCCAUUUAUGCAAUCAGUCUUAGCAAAUCAGCUGCAGUUCCAGCCCACACGCAAAAUUCUUUGGCAUUUUAGUAGAUC